AUGCUCCGCCCGGACACGCCACAAACAGCCCAGCACCAAGCUGACAAUCCUACCCAGGUCCAAAUGCGAGAUCGACAUGAGAUCCCUCCGGGAUCGGCACCGCCGCAAUUAGAUCUGGACAGCCACAGCCCAACCAGCCGGGACGAUGACAUUAAGAAACACCGCCGGAGCCCCGAGAUCCGCCGCUACACCAACCGCUACCAUCACCCACAAACCGAGAAGGCCGAUCGAGAUCGAUCCGCCAACACUGAAACGACAACCACCCGGCCACCAACCCAGAGCCACACCGUAGCCUUGGAACCCCUCCACAGUUUAGCCACAGCCUCCCCUCCCGGACCGGAGCGCAUCGACGGAGGAGCCAUCGGCGUUCGGCCGGGAGAGAAAGCACGCCUUCGGGCACGAACAGCAAAUGCCAGUAGCACUCUUGAUGUUGAUCGACGUUCAGCUAAUUUUUCUCCCAGCAUUUGGGGCGAGUAUUUUCUGUCAUAUGCAUCGAUGGAAACUGCAGAUAUUGAAUCCAACCAAAGUAUCCAAGAACUGAAGGAAGAAGUGAAGAGGAUGCUAGUGAGUUCUUUGUCUUUACAAAGAUUACACUUGAUUGAUUACAUUCAGCGCUUGGGGUUGUCCUACAAUUUUGAGGAUGAGAUUUACCAACUUUUACAUCAAAUUUACAACCGGACCUAUUCUUCUUAUGAUGAUGAUGAUGAUGAUGACGACGGCGACCUUCACACAGUUGCUCUCCGAUUUCGGCUGCUUAGGCAACAAGGUUUUAAGGUUUCAUGCAACAUGUUCAACAAGUUCAUCGAUGUUGAUGAGAAAUUUAAGGAAUCAUGCGUUGCUGAUGUAGUAGGAUUGCUAAGUUUGUACGAAGCGACACAUCUAAGGACACAUGGAGAUGAUAUAUUAGAUCGAGCACGGUACUUCACCACCACUCAUCUUGAGUUUGCAGUGGCAGAACACGGCCGUUUAAGCCCCCCGCUUUCAAAACAAGUAGCUCAUGCCUUAUAUCAACCACUCUGGAAGGGAAACCCAAGGAUUGAAGCGAGGCAUUACCUCUCUAGCUACCGGGAACUAAAUACUUCACAUUUUAGCGAAAGUCUUUUGACUUUUGCGAAGUUGGAUUUCAAUCAAUUGCAGCAAAUCCAUCAAAAAGAACUAAGUCACAUCACAAGGUGGUGGAAGGAGUUGGACUUUGUCAACAAACUACCUUUUACAAGGGACAGAAUAGUAGAGUGUUACUUUUGGUCUUUGGGAGUCUACUUUGAGCCCAAGUAUCAUUUUGGGAGGACAACAUUAUGCAAAGUUCUUGGCUUACUAACCAUGAUUGAUGACACUUACGAUAUGUACGGCACACCUGAAGAACUAGAGCUCUUUACUGAAGCUAUUGAGAGGUGGGAUAUCUCUGCCAUGGAUUCAUUGCCUGACUAUAUGAAAGUUUGCUAUGGGGCAUUGUUGAAUGUCUACACUGAAAUUAAAGAUGAGCUUGCAAAGGAGGGAAACUCGUAUCGCAUCAACUAUGCAAUAGAAGCAGUGCAAAUUCAAGUUAGAUCUUACUUAGAGGAAGCCAAAUGGUUCCACCAAAAGUACACACUGAAAACCUUUGAUGAGUAUAUGUCGGUGGCACUUGUUGUCACACAACAUGCUGGUGAUAUUCUUACAAGAGAUUCCUUGGACUGGUUGUUCAGUGAUCCUAAAUUUGUAAAGGCUUCAUCGAUAAUUGGGAGACUCUUGAAUGACAUCCGAAGCCACAAGCUUGAGCAAAAGAGAGGACAUGUUGUCUCAGCUGUGGAAUGCUAUAUGAAAGAACACUGUGCUACAGAAGAAGUAGCGGUGAUUGAACUGACUAAACAUGUAAAUGAUGCAUGGGCGGAUGUAAACGAAGGAUUGCUUCACCCUAUCGCUACUGUCCCUAGGCCACUACUAUUGCUAAUUCUCAAUUUUCUACGCGUAACUGAUGUUAUAUACAAGCGUGAAGAUGGUUAUACUCAUGGUGGAGUUGUGCUCAAGGAUUAUAUAACUUCUCUUCUUGUCGAACAUGUUCCAAUAUAGGUUAUAAAUCAAUAUUGGACCUGUUAUAAAUCAAUAUUGGACUUGUUCUUGUCCAUAUUAUGAUAAAUAAUGGACUCGUCUGAGGCUGGGUCCCUUUGUGGUAGAAAUUAAAAUAAGUACCGAGCCAGUGCUUAAGGGUUGUCG